UAGGAGAGCGGGGACGCGGUGCCGGACUGCGCUGGCGGGACUUGGAGGAGCUGAUGUGGCCAUUAAGGGAGACCCAGGAUGACCUCUUCCUCUCCGUUCGUGUGUCAGCCCUUGAUGUCUUUAUCUAACGGGGCAUCCCACUUAGAAGACGACGAGGAUGAAGAUGAGCAGGGGGAGACCUUUGAGUUUGACGACGAUGACAUCGGACCUCCUGGAAUCAGUUCUUGUUCUCCGAUGAGGAGCGACUUGACCACAGACACGGCGGUGUCGCAUCUUUAUGCCAACACAAGUUCAGCCCAAGAGACACCACAGCAGGGCCUAAAUGGAUCAGCCAGUACUACCCCGGAGGACCAGAACCCCCCAGUGGACCACUCAGAUAUGGACCACAGAGAGCCACCAGAGGGACGUUCAACCUCCUCCGAUCUGGGAGUGACCGGAGAGUCCGAGAGCUUCUGGAAAGCGAACAGCGUUUAUGAAGGAAAGUCUUCUUUAACACCAGAAGGUGCUCCGCAGGAGUCCGGCAGCUCAGUCAGUAUGCCGAGCCCACCAGAGGACGCUGAGGUCUCCCCUUCAGUCUGUCCCCACACAGAGUAUUACACACCUGCUGCAGAUACACCUGUCAACACAGCGACCUGCAUCCCUGAUGGUGAGGCCAGAGACCCAGAGGUCAUCUAUGAUGAUGUACCUGCUGAGAACCUGCAGCACCUCGUGGACGACGUGGACGACAUCUACGAGGACAUCCAGGGACCAGACCACCGCAGCUCCAACAGCUGGAGCUCCAGUGAGUUCGAGAGUUACGAUGAGCUGUCUGACAGCGAGGCUGUUCCUCCCGGGCGAGGCAGCAGGCUGCCUGCAGACGUGUUGAGGCUAAAGGAGCGUUAUGCCGUCACCAGGAAGGAGCUGGCAGUGCGUCUCAGUGCACCUCACGUUGCUCACAUCCGACAGAGCUGUGACACGAAGGUGCAGCAGUUGAUGAAGGCAGCGAGGAACGGUACCAAGGACGGUUUGGAGAAAACAAGACUAGCCAUGUUUCGCAAAGUGUCGUUCCUGCAGAGAAAAGACUCCACAGGCGAGGAAAAGGAUGAUGCCGGUUACAUGGACGUGUCGGUGUGUGAGCUGAAGCAUCCUCCUCCACAGCUCAGCCCAAUGCCGGAGGGGCUCAGCAGUCAGCAGGUUGUCAGACGCCUCAUUCUCAGCUCCAUUCUGCAGAGUGAGAACAGCUACCUGGACUCUCUCAAAAGAGUCCUCCAGGAGUACCAGAAGCCUCUGCUGGAUCCACAGACCUUGAUAAUAAACCCCAAGAAGGUGCGUCAGAUUUUCUACCGUCUGCAGGAGAUCCACCAGUGCCAUUCGAUGUUCCAGAUCGCCCUGGGAUGUCGUGUGGCUGAAUGGGAUGACAGCGAGAAGAUCGGCGACCUGUUUGUGGCUUCGUUUUCAAAGUCCAUGGUGCUGAACGUGUACAGCGACUACAUCAACAACUUCACCAACGCCAUGGCGCUCAUCAAAAAAGCCUGCAUGUCCAAACCCGCUUUCCUGGACUUCCUUAAGGUGCUCACACUUUGGUAUUUACCCCACAUGAUCCAGUGUUUUCUCUCUUUCGUGUUGCUGACCCAGGACAUGCUGAAGAACACUCCGAGGUCCCACAUCGACCGGCUCCCCCUGCAGCUGGCUCUCACCGAGCUGGAGACCCUGGCCGAGAAGCUCAACGAGCAGAAGCGCGUGGCCGAUCAGGAGGCCGAGAUCCAGCAGCUGGCUCACAAUGUGGGGGACCGCGUUCUCAACAAGCUGCUGAACUCGGAGCAGAGGCAGCUGAUUCAGUGUGAAGUCCUCACCGAGAUCGUUUACGGCGAUAAAGGUCAAGUUCUUAAGUCAAAGGAGCGAAAAGUCUUCCUUCUCAACGACACCCUGAUUUGUGCCAACGUCAACCUGAAGGGUCCCCCUGACAUCAACAGCCUGGUUCCUGUCGGUCCCAAGUACACGGUUAAGUGGUGCAUCCCUCUGCUGCAGACUCAGGUGGUGGAGGUGGGACAGGACAGUCUGCAGAGCAAGAACAGCGUCGUCAUCGGCAGACGCCACAGCUCCACCUCCAGCACCUCGGGUAAAGUGUUCCUGGGUCCACCCAGACUGUACCAGGAGCUGGAGGAGCUGCAGCAUGACCUGGCUGUGGUGGAGGACGUAUCGCUGCUGGUGGGCACGCUCAGCGGAACCUACCAGAAUCUGAACACCACAGUGUCUCAGGACUGGUGUCUGGCUCUGCAGAGGCUCAUCCGUCUGAAGGAGGAGGAGAUCCAGAAUGCCAACAAAUGUCGCCUACGUCUGUCUGUUCCAACCAAACCUGACAAAUCCGGCCGUCCAGUGAGCAUCAUGGUGGUCUUCAACACUCCCAGCCCCGUCAGUAAGAUCUCCUGGGUGAACCGGCUUCACCUCGCCAAGAUAGCUCAAAGAAAGGAAAACCUUUUGGGGUGGGAAGGUGCUGAGGAAGUUGGGAAGACAAAAGCUCCAUUUCAUUGCCCCCUGCUGACCUGCAGACUUCCUGUUUUGUCCUCCAGAACACACACACUGAAGUUGGACGCAGCUCUUCACAGUCCGUCUCAGUCCAGCCUCCUUGGUUUCUGCACUGCCAGUACAUCGUUACCACAGGGCUACCUCUGGGUCGCUGGCCAAGGAGGUAACUCCAGCCUAGGCCAAGUAGAGAUCUUCUCCCUGAAUCGAUCCACGCCUCGCUUGGUCAAGACCGUCCCCCUAAGGGCCCCUGUCCUGUCUCUGGAGUACGUGAAGGAGCCUUGUUCCAGUGCAGAGGAAAAGGAGGCUGACAAGGCCCAGAGUGCCGCCAAGAUCGGAAACAUCAUCUGUGCUGGUUUGCAGGACGGCAGCAUCCAUGUGUACGGCAGCAUAGACACAGCUGUUCAGUGCCUGCUGACCCUGGUGACCCCUGACGGCUGUCCGGUCCACUGCCUCAAACACUCGCUGUCUUACCUCUUUGCCGGACUGGCCAAUGGCAAAGUAGCUGUGUACCACAAAAAGACUGGAGAGAGGCUCUGGGAUGUGGACUCGUGCCGGUUGGUGUCUGUGGGCUCGGAGCCAGUCUCCUGUCUGCUGACACUUGAAGACACCGUCUGGGCCAGCUGUGCCAACCAAGUCACUGUCAUCCAAGGAGCCAACCUCCAGACACAGAGCUUUGAAGCCCACUCGGACCGAGGCUGCAGCGUCAGCCACAUGGUGCGUUCGGGCGGAGGAGUCUGGAUGGCCUUCACACGGGGCUCCUCCAUUCAUCUCUUCCACACGGAGACACUGGAAGCUCUGCAGGAAGUCAACAUCUCGACCCGCACCGCACAUCUGUCGCCAGGUCAGGUUUGUGUCUCCAGUUUGCUGAUCUGCCAGGGCCUGCUGUGGGUGGGUACCAGCCAGGGCGUUAUCCUCACUUUCCCCGUGCCCACCCUGGAAGGCAUCCCCAAGAUCACAGGUAAAGGGAUGACGUCUCUGAAUGCUCACUGUGGUCCGGUGGACUUCCUGGUGUCGGCCUCCAGCACUCUGGCCUCUGAUUUGCUUCGGCGGAAUUCCAUCCUCAACGGCAGGGAGGAGGGCGCUGACAGAGGAACGGUGCUGGAUGAUGUCAGAGGAGAUGAAGAAGGGCGGAGGUUGGAGAGGAGCAUCUGUCUGCGGGACUCUGAAGCUCCUCCAUCCGUGGAGGAGAAGCCCAGAGGACUGCUGCUGCAGUACCGCCUCCACUCUACCUGCAAGCUGCCUGGGAAGCUGCUGACAGCGCAGCCAGAACUCGCGCACCUGAAAGCUCCUAAUGAGUCCCUGGAGCACAGCCUGGAGGACGGCUCCAUCUACGAAGUGAGCGAGGACCCCGACGUGUGGGUGAGGGGGCGACCGGUGGACCGGGGGAAGGAAGGGGAGGCGAGGCGCAGUAAAGUGACCUCGACAGCUAUAUUCUCCGGUGGACGAGGAUACCGCAGGAUAGGACAGCCGGCCUCGACAGACACCUGCUCGGACGCCACUGGAAACACUCUGCUGGUGUGGCAGCUCCCUCUGACGCUCAGCCAAUGACAGAGAAGGUUUAGACGAGUCAAGGACAGCCAUAGUUCUUCUGGUUUUUCGCUUUAUUUCGGUGGCGUGAUGUUGAACACCGUAAACAAGCUGACAUAAAGGUAACAUUACCUGAGAGGCCCACCAACAGAGUCAGCAGCUACCUCCAGUAACGUUAAACAUCAGGAAGACCAACGCUCUUCAGCUCUUUGUACAGAUGUUUCCACACAUAAUGACUUGUACCUGUACCAAGUUUUUACAUUGCAUGCCAGACUGUGAAGGCUCGAAAGCUUUUUAACCUGUGUUACCGUAGAAACAUGGCAUGUAUUAUUAUUAUUAUUACAAUAUGCAGUUGUGAACAAAGGUGUACAUACACUAGUAUAGACCAUGAUUAUCAUUGUAGUCUUGAAUUUCCAA